CUUCGAUGUGCUUUUUUUAUAAUUCAAUUCUCCAUUACAACUACAAUCAUAAAAAAACUAGAUCUUUUCUCAUUUGUAAACACUUAUGUUCAUUACAAUCGACAUCAAUGGUCGUCAUUGCGGCUGAGUCCCUUGUUAGACGAUCUGCAAAUUAUAAGUCAUCACUAUGGUCCUUUGAUCAUGUUCAAUCGCUCUCUAGCAAAUACAUAGGAGAAGAGUACACGGCGAGAGCACAUACUUUAAAGGAAGCAGUGACAACAAUGAUACACAGUGUGGGAACUCCAUUGGAUACCCUGGAGCUGGUUGAUGAGUUGCAGAGACUCGGGAUAUCAUAUCAUUUUGAGGAUGAAAUAAGUGAGGUCUUGGAGAUGAUUUACUACAAUUACUACAAAACUCAAAAUAAGUGGAAUAACAUGGAUUUGAAUGCUAAAGCUCUUGGCUUUCGACUACUAAGACAACAUGGUUAUCAGAUUCCCCAAGAGAUAUUUCUCAACUUUAAGGACAAGACUCAAAAUCUAAACCCACAAUUACUCGAGGAUAUGGUGGCAACGCUGAACUUGUACGAGGCUUCUUAUCAUUCAUUCGAGGAUGAAAGCAUACUGGACGAUGUCAGAGACUUCACAACUAAAUAUCUCCAAGAAAAUUUAGAGAAAUUGGAUGGAAAUAUAUCAUCGUUAAUAACACAUGCGUUGGAGCUUCCGUUGCAUUGGAGAGUACCAAGGAUAGAGACGAAAUGGUUUAUGGAAGAAUAUGAGAAAAGAAGUGGCAUAAAUCCCACAUUGAUAGAACUUGCAAAACUGGAUUUUAACAUGGUCCAGGCUAUCCACAUCGAGGAUUUAAAACACUCCUCAAGGUGGUGGAGAAAUAUAAGUUGGGAUAAGAAGUUGAACUUUACUCGAGAUCGGUUGGUGGAGAAUUUUUUGUGGACUGUUGGUGUUAGUUACCUACCUCGCUUUAGCAACGGAAGGAGAACGUUAACUAAGGUUAAUGCCAUAAUUACUACUAUCGAUGAUGUCUAUGACGUAUUUGGUACUUUGGAAGAACUUGAACAAUUUACUGAUGUUAUCUGCAGAUGGGACCUCAAUGCGAUAGGAGAACUUCCGGAUUAUAUGAAGAUUUGUUUCCUUGGAUUCUAUAAUUCGAUAAAUGAGAUUGCAUAUAACACCUUGACAAACACAGGAUUCUUAAUCCUUAAACACCUAAAGAAAGCAUGGGAAGAUUUAUGCAAGUCAUACCUAGUAGAAGCACGGUGGUACCAUAAUGGAUAUACACCCACACUUGAAGAGUACUUGAAAAAUGCUUGUGUAUCGAUAUCAGGUCCUGUAGUACUCAUGCAUGUUAACUUUUUAACAUCAGUUAGUUUAACGGAAGAAAUCCUACAAUGCCUGGAUAUGUUUGAUGAUAUAGUUCGCUACUCAUCACUAAUAUUCCGACUUGCUGAUGACUUAGGGACAUCCUCGGAUGAAAUGACAAGAGGGGAUAUUCCAAAAUCAAUUCAGUGUUAUAUGCAUGAGAGUGGUGCAACAGAAGAGGAAGCUAGAAGGUAUAUAAAAAAGCUAAUCAAUGAGACAUGGAAGAAACUUAAUAAGGAACGAGCAUGUGUUAACUCUAAGUUUUUACGAGAGUUUAUAGACUAUGCAACAAACCUGUCUAGGAUGGCACUAUUCAUGUAUGCUAAAGGAGACGGGCAUGGUCGUCCAGAUGUGAUUAAAUCUUAUGUAUUAUCAUUGUUGUUCAAUUCAUAUGAAAGGCAAGAAUAG